UGUCUCCGAGGAGACAAAACAAAAAAAAAAAAGCGAAAAAAAAGAGAAAGAAGCAAAACCCUAACCCUAACCCUAACCCUAACGCUAUCGCCUGCUCUCGAUCCUCCACCCCUCCCGCCAUAAAAGAAUGGACCUUGGAGAAUGGAAAAAAAUUCGGUCUGUUGGCUUGCAUCGACGAGAAAAGAGGGGAAAAGGAGUAAAGGGUGAGUUUUCUUGAGCUCAGGUCUCUGAUCGGUGCGUUUCUGCUCUCUGAUCGAUGGAUCGAAAGAAGUAGUAGGAGAUAAAAAGCCCGAAGUUUAGGAGAUAAAAAGCCCGAAGUUUUCUCCCUCUGCUGACCCGAGGACAGAGAGAGAAGGAAGGCGAAAGAGAAUAUAGUAAUUAAAAAAAUCGAUAGGUGGGCCUGGGGUUGGAGAUUUAGGAAUUAAAAUAGGGAGAUAAUCUGGAACGGAAGAGCGGAAGGGAAUAGUUUAAGCGCCGCGAAUCUUGUGAAAUCCACAAAUUCGAUUCAGUCGCGUUGGGAAAGGGGUUUAUCUAGAAUAGUUUCUGCGCUUUCAUCCAUCGCACCCCUGAAAAAGAAAGGAGAUCGAUCGUGAUAUGCCCGUGCCACCUUCCCCUUCUCCUCUGCUUCGCUGUUCUUGUUCUCUGUCCCCCUUUCUUUAAUCCGUGGUCUCCCCCCAGGCUUUGUGAUGCCUUGGUAGCAAUAGCAGACGAAGAUAAAGGUGGGGUCUUUGCCCAUGGACCCUCUCUUUGGAAUUCGAGUGGAGAGUGGAGAAGACGUCACGGACUUGCCCCCUGUCUACUCCUUGUGGGAAGGGAAACAGGAACGAAUAAGAAAGCUGGGAUUUUUACUGGGUACGAAGUGGGGGAAGAAGGGUAGGGACCGAGAGAGGAGGUUUGAGAGCUCGUGUCGUGGGUUUUUCAGUGGAGAUGGCUGCAGGGGACCGGAGGUGGUGGCUGAACCGCAAGGCGACAGUGGUGUUGUGGGUGGCAGCCUCGGUGGGGAUAUGGGUGGGACUCCAUUGCUACAUCCGGAGGGUGAGCAUGAGGAAGGCUGAGGAGGUGCUGGUGAGCAUGUGCGAGGAGCGUGCGAGAAUGUUGCAGGACCAGUUUGCAGUGAGCGUCAACCAUGUCCAUGCCCUUGCCAUCCUCGUCUCCACCUUCCACUACCAGAAGCACCCGCCCGCCCUCGAUCAGGGAACAUUUGCAGAUUACACAGCACGGACCGCAUUCGAGCGGCCAUUGCUCAGUGGAGUGGCAUAUGCUCAACGUGUUGUUGAUUCUGAAAGGGAGUUGUUUGAAAAUCAUCAGGGGUGGACGAUCAAGACUAUGAAACGGGAACCAUCGCCAGUUCAAGAUGAGUAUGCGCCUGUGAUAUAUUCUCAGGAGACCGUAUCCUACAUUGAAGCCCUUGACAUGAUGUCUGGAGAGGAAGAUCGAGAAAAUAUUUUGAGGGCUAGGGCUAGUGGCAAAGCUGUUCUUACAAGUCCAUUCAGACUGCUGGGAUCCAAUCAGCUAGGUGUGGUCUUGACAUUUCCGGUUUAUCGCGCAGGUCUUCCCGCCGAUGCGAUGGAAGAAGAACGUAUAGAAGCAACUGCAGGGUAUCUUGGAGGAGCUUUUGAUGUUGAGUCACUUGUGGAAAACUUGCUGAGGCAGCUCGCUGGAAAUCAGGAUAUUAUGGUGAAUGUGUAUGAUGUUACCAACACUUCUGAGCCCUUGAUCAUGUAUGGGCCCCAAUUUCCUGAUGGUUACAUGUCACUUUCACAUAUCAGCAUGCUUGAUUUUGGAGACCCAUUCCGGAGGCACCAAAUGAAAUGCAGGUACAGUAAGAAGCCUCCCAUUCCAUUGUCAGCCAUUUCUACCCCUUCUGGUGUUUUUGUGAUCUGCAUGCUAGCAGGAUAUAUAUUAUAUGCUGCUUGGAAUCGCUAUGACAAUGUUAAGGAAGAUUGUAGAAAAAUGGAAGAGCUAAAAAAACAAGCAGAGGCUGCAGACGUUGCUAAAUCUCAGUUUCUUGCAACAGUUUCUCAUGAGAUCAGAACUCCCAUGAAUGGUGUCCUUGGGAUGCUAGAUAUGCUUCUAGAUACCAACCUAAAUCUAACCCAGAAGGAUUAUGCUCAAACUGCUCAAGUCUGUGGAAAGGCAUUGAUAUCUUUGAUAAAUGAAGUGCUUGACCGAGCAAAAAUUGAAGCUGGCAGGUUAGAGAUAGAAUCAGUGCCAUUUGACCUGCGAACAGUCCUAGAUGAUGUCAUCUCUUUGUUUUCUGCAAAAUCAAGAGAGAAGGGAAUUGAGCUUGCUGUAUAUGUUUCUGACAGAGUUCCCAAAAUUCUCAUGGGCGACCCAGGGAGAAUUCGUCAAAUAAUCACAAAUCUUGUGGGAAAUUCAGUCAAAUUUACUGAACGUGGUCACAUUUUUGUCCAUGUUCAUCUGGCUGAGCAUUCAAAUAUGUUCAUGGAUGCAAAAGUUGAAGGAGGCUUGAAUGGACUUUCAGGUGAAGCCAAAGUUACAUCCAUCAGCACUGCGUUGGAUACUUUAAGUGGUUUAGAAGCUGCUGAUGGUAGAAACAGUUGGGAAAAUUUUAAGCUGUCACUUUCUUAUGAGCAAACCUGGCCUUAUUCAUCUGAAAAUGGGAGUCCAUAUGACAACCAUGCUGAUAAAGUAACCCUCAUGGUAACUGUAGAGGAUACUGGAAUAGGGAUCCCAUUUCAUGCCCAAAAUCGGGUUUUCACACCUUUUAUGCAGGCUGACAGCUCGACCUCCAGGAAUUAUGGAGGAACUGGUAUUGGCUUGAGCAUCAGUAAGUGUCUUGUUGAACUGAUGGGUGGGCAAAUAAACUUUGUAAGCCGUCCUCAUAUUGGAAGCACGUUUACAUUCACUGCUGUCUUCCAAAGAUGCAGUAAGAAUACAGGUUGUGAUACAAAGAGAACUCUUUCUGAAUCUUUACCUACCUGUUUUGGAGGAAUGAGAGCAAUUUUAGUUGAUAGAAGACCAGUUAGAGGUGCUGUAACAAGAUACCAUCUACAAAGGUUGGGCAUAUGUGUUGAAUGUGUUAGUACCAUCAAUGAGGUGCUUAAUGCAACAAGAGGACAAAAUGGUAGCUUGAGAUCUGGUAUAUAUAGCAACAAACCAUGCAUAUUGUUAAUCGAGCAUGAUACAUGGGGUACUAAAGUGGAUGUUUGCUUGAGAGAUCAACUAUUACAAUUGAAAGAGAAUGGGUGCAUUCCUGAAAUGCCCAAGGUGGUCCUUCUUGCGACUUCUGAAUCUGAUAAAAUGAAGGCUGGAUCUAAUGUUGGAACUGUGAUCAUGAAGCCUCUGAGAGCAAGCACAGUGGCCGCAUGCUUUCAAGAAGUCCUGGGAAUGGGAAAACAACAAAGUAGAGAUAGGCCCAAAGGAUCAGCUUCCCUUAAUGGCCUGCUAGAUGGAAAGAAUAUCUUAGUGGUUGAUGAUAAUAAGGUGAAUCUUAGAGUUGCUGCGGGUGUCCUGAAAAAGUAUGGGGCAAAGGUGGAGUGUGCUGAGAGUGGCAGAGAUGCUCUUUCUCUCCUCCAACUGCCACACAAGUUCGAUGCCUGCUUCAUGGAUGUUCAAAUGCCGGAGAUGGACGGGUUUGAGGCAACUCGUCAGAUACGCAUGAUGGAGAGUCAGGCAAAUGAAAAGAACAGGAAUGGAGAAAGAACUGUUACUGAGGAAGGUUUUUCCAAGGCUGAAUGGCACCUGCCAAUCCUAGCCAUGACAGCUGAUGUCAUCCAAGCAACAUAUGAGGAGUGCACAAAAUGUGGUAUGGAUGGCUAUGUCUCCAAGCCCUUCGAGGAAGUGCAGCUUUUUCAGGCAGUUGCGAAGUUCUUGGUGAAACUCAGCUGAACAACAAGUACUGCAUUUCAUGAAAUAGGGUUCAUGGCUGCACUACCAGACUUUCAGCAGCGGCGAUGAUUUUUCUUGGGCUCCAGUGGUGGUCUGUGGAUGCCUUACAUGCUUGGUAAUUGGAAAAGAAAUCCAUGAUAGGCACAAAUUAUGAAACUUUUAUCAACUUGCGAUCUCCUUUUCAAGUUACAGUUCUCCACUCUUACUUUGUUACUUUGAGCCAGUGUAUAUUACAGCAUUAGGCUGAUGUACAAUUAUCAGUAUAUCGGAAUGUGUACUCUGGGUUGGUGGGUGGGCAUAGCUUGCAUCAGUUACCCUGCUAUGUAAAACAGGGUGUAUAGUGUAAAAUUUUUUCCAUACACUGCUGUCAUCAAAGGGAGGGCAUUGUAAAAUUUUUCAUGCCAUUAAACGUCCUAAUUAGCAUAAUUUUGCUUUAAUGCUAUUCAACAGGGUUUUGUU